UGAAUACACAGGGGCUCUCUCCCUUUAUUUGCAACUGGUGAAUUGUAUAAAAUCACCUCUUCAUCGCACUCCCAGGGUUAAUAGUUAAAACCACUCUGCGUUGCCCCACAACGAAGGAACCCAUUCUCUCCUCCAUUCAACCCUCGUUUCGCCACUGCCGGGGGUUUUCCUCUCUUUCUAAAACCUCUGUGUACAGUUCUAGACCUUUGGAUGCAUGAGCAUCUGCCGACUUUGUUAUUCAGAUUGUUUUUCACAGUAAAUAACAGUGGAAAAGUAGGGAUUUCGAUAUGGCUACUCUGAGAUCGAGCUUGCCCUCGAGGCUGCGGCAGCUCUUUUCUAGCGAUGGGGCCAUCGGUCCCUCUGUUAAACUUGACUCUGAAACGCCUCCAAGAAUAAAAUCAUUUAUUGACAAGGUGAUCCAAUGUCCAUUGCAAGAUAUAGCAAUACCUCUUUCUGGAUUUCGUUGGGAGUAUGGCAAGGGAAAUUUCCAUCACUGGAGACCGUUGUUUCUUCAUUUUGAAACAUACUUUAAAGCAUAUGUGUCUUGUAGGAAGGACCUUCUCCUGUGCGAUGAUAUUUUAGGAGAUGUUAGUCCAUUUCCCAAACAAGCAAUUCUACAAAUUUUGCGUGUGAUGCAGGUUAUUUUAGAAAACUGCCAUAACAAGAGUUCAUUCAGUGGGUUGGAGCAUUUCAAGCUCUUGCUUUCUUCAACUGAUCCUGAAAUUCUCAUUGCAACCCUAGAGACUCUUUCGGCUUUAGUGAAAAUAAGUCCAUCCAAGCUACAUGCAAGUGGGAAAUUGAUUGGCUGUGGGUCAGUGAAUAGCUGCCUCCUGUCACUUGCACAGGGUUGGGGAAGCAAGGAAGAAGGGCUGGGCUUGUAUUCUUGUGUUACUAUCAAUGAAAGAACUCAAGAUGAAGGACUCUGCUUAUUUCCAUCUGAUGUAGGACAUGUUGACGACAAUAAGCUAUAUCGCUUGGGUUCAACUGUUUAUUUUGAAUUGCAUGGUAAUAGUGGCAGUUCUCAAACGAAUGGAGAAGGUACUGAAGCUGCACUGUCUUCUUCGAUGAGUGUGAUUCACAUGAGUGAUCUAUAUUUGCGGAAAGAAGAUGACCUAUCUCUUAUGAAAUCCUGCAUUGAGCAAUACAAUCUACCUACUGACCAGAGAUUCUCAUUGUUGACCAGAAUCAGAUAUGCACAUGCUUUAAGUUCACCUAGAGUGUGUAAGCUUUACAGCAAGAUUUGCCUCCUUGCUUUCAUUGUGCUUAUCCAGGCUAAUGAUUCCCAUGAUGAACUUACAUCAUUUUUUGCAAAUGAACCGGAGUACACUAAUGAGUUAAUCAGAAUUGUGCGGUCUGAAGAAACCAUUUCUGGAGCUAUUAGAACACUUGCAAUGAAUGCACUGGGAGCACAGUUAGCUGCAUAUGCAUCAUCUCAUGAGCGAGCACGAAUUUUGAGUGGAUCAAGCAUCAGUUUUGCCGGUGGUAAUCGUAUGAUACUCUUAAAUGUUUUGCAAAGAGCAAUUUUAUCAUUGAAUAGUUCCAAUGACCCAUCUUCUGUGGCCUUUGUUGAAGCUGUCCUACAGUUUUAUCUGUUGCAUGUCAUAUCAUCCUCAAGCUCAGGAAGUGCUAUUCGAGGAUCAGGAAUGGUACCAACUUUCUUACCUCUAGUAGAGGAUUCGGAUCCUUCUCAUUUACACCUUGUUUGUCUGGCUAUCAAGACUUUACAGAAGCUCUUGGACUACAGCAAUGCAGCGGUGACCCUUUUUAAAGAUUUGGGUGGAGUUGAGCUUUUGGCUCAGAGGCUGCAAGUGGAAGUGCAAAAUGUGAUAGACUUGGCUGGACGAGAAGAUAAGUCCAUGGAGAUUGGAGAAUCUUCUAGAAGCAAGGAUGACGAAGUGCACUCACACAAGAGACUCAUUAGGGCUUUGCUGAAGACACUAGGUUCUGCUACUUAUGCACCUGCAAAUACUGCAAGAUCUCAGAAUUCUAAUGAUGUGUCAUUACCUGUCACACUGUCACUGAUUUUUGGCAAUGUUGAAAAGUUUGGAGGUGAUAUUUACUCCUCGGCAGUGACUGUCAUGAGUGAGAUAAUUCACAAGGACCCCACAUGUUUUACCAUGUUGCAUGAUCUGGGUCUUCCAAAUGCUUUUCUAUCUUCAGUUGUGGCUGGGGUACUACCUUCUCCUAAAGCUCUUACUUGUGUUCCUAAUGGACUUGGUGCAAUCUGUCUUAAUGCAAAGGGGCUAGAGGCUGUUAAAGAAAUGUCAGCUCUGCGCUUCCUUGUUGACAUCUUCACUGAAAAAAAAUAUGUGAUUGUUAUGAAUGAAGGUAUUGUCCCAUUAACAAAUUCUGUAGAAGAACUGUUGCGCCAUGUAUCUUCCCUUAGAGCCACAGGAGUUGAUCUGAUAAUUGAAAUUAUCAAGAAAAUAUCAUCAUUUGAACAGUCUGAGCAAGCAGAGUCAUCUGUGAAGGCAAGUGGAGGAAGUGAAAUGGAAAUGGAUUCAGAAAACCAUCAGAGUGUUGGUCCUUGCUCUCUAAUUGAGGCCACGAAUUCACCAACAGAAGAUAUGGAUGAUGAGCAAUUCAUCCAGUUGGCUAUCUUUCACGUAAUGGUACUUAUUCACCGCACGAUGGAGAACUCUGAAACAUGUAGGCUGUUUGUUGAAAAAUCAGGAAUUGAAGCUUUGUUAAAACUCCUACUAUGGCCAAGUAUUGCACAAUCUUCAGAAGGCAUGUCUAUUGCAUUACAUAGCACCAUGGUUUUCAAGACUUUUACUCAGCAUCACUCUGCUGCUCUUGCUCGUGCUUGCUGUUCCUUCCUUAGAGAUCAUAUGAAGAAAGCUUUGAUGGGUUUGGGUGGUGGUUCUUUUCUACUGGAUCCUAAAAUCAGUCAAGAUACCACAACCUUUUCCUCACUUUUUCUGGUUGAAUUUCUUUUAUUUCUCGCCGCAUCUAAAGACAACCGAUGGGUAACUGCAUUGCUGAGUGAAUUUGGAAAUGGAAGUAAAGAUGUUUUAGAAGAUAUCGGGAAAAUACACCGAGAAAUUCUGUGGCAGAUUGCAUUGCUUGAGGAUGCCAAGCUCGAGGAGGAUGGUAUGCGUGAAGGUUCUGGCGAUGAUUCACGUAAUUCAGCACUUGAUGGAGAAGAACAAAGGUUGAGCUCCUUCAGGCAGUUUAUUGACCCUUUGCUGAGGAGGAGGAUGACUGGGUGGAGUUUCGAGUCCCAGUUUUUUGAUAUCAUAUCUCUAUAUCGCGACCUUACACGAGGUUCUGGUCUUCAGCCACGACAGAGUGGGGAAGAGACUUCAAACAUGCGAUUUGGAGCAAGUAGUCAUUUGCAGCCGUCAAGUUCUGUUGAUGGGGCUGGAAGUAGUGUUAAAAGAGAUGAUGACAAGCGAAGAUCCUAUUACCAUUCAUGCUGUGAUAUGGUUAGGUCCUUGUCAGUUCAUAUCAUGCAUUUAUAUCAGGAGUUGGGUAAGGUUAUGUUGCUUCCCUCUCGGAGACGGGAUGAUUUGCUGAAUGUGUCUGCUCCAUCGAAAUCAGUCGCUUCAACUAUUGCUUCCAUUGCGUUGGACCAUAUGAAUUAUGCAGGCAGCGCAAAUACAUCAGAGUCAGAUGUCUCUGUGUCAACAAAGUGCCGAUACUAUGGGAAAGUAAUUGAGUUUAUAGAUGGGAUUGUACUGGAGAAGCCUGAUUCAUGCAAUCCUGUAUUGCUAAAUUGUUUGUAUGGUCGUGGGGUUAUCCAGUCAGUUUUGACGACAUUUGAAGCUACAAAUCAGUUACUUUUUGCUGUGAACAGAGGUCAUGCUUCUCCUAUGGAGACUGAUGAAAGUUGUUUGAGACAGGCUGGUGGUGGUCAGGAUUCUGCUGACAGUUCGUGGAUACAUGGUCCUUUGGGUAGUUAUGGCAAACUGAUGGAUCACCUUGUUACCUCAUCUUUGAUUUUAUCUCCUUUCACAAAGCAUUUACUUACUCAACCUUUAAUAAGUGGGGGUAUUCCAUUCCCCCGAGAUGCUGAGACAUUUGUCAAGGUUCUUCAAUCCAUGGUGCUGAAGGCUGCAAUACCUGUCUGGACUCAUCCCCAAUUUGCAGAAUGCAGUCCUGAUUUCAUUGCUACAAUUCUAAACAUCAUGAGGCAUGUGUACACUGGAGUGAAAGUGAAGAACACAAAUGCUACUGCUGCUCGUAUUGCCGGUCCUCCUCCAAAUGAAGCAACUAUUUCAACAAUUGUAGAAAUGGGGUUCUCUAGGUCUCGAGCUGAAGAAGCCCUAAGGCAUGUUGGUUCAAAUAGUGUGGAACUGGCAAUGGAAUGGCUGUUCUCGCAUCCAGAGGAGGCUCAAGAGGAUGAUGAACUUGCCCGUGCGUUAGCAAUGUCUCUUGGGAAUUCUGGAUCCGAUGCAAAGGAUGAUGUUGCACAUGAAAACAGUGAAACAAUCGAAGAAGAGAUUGUCCAACCUCCUCCUAUGGAUGAUUUAUUGUCAACAUGUAAAAAACUUCUGCAGAUGAAGGACUCUUUGGCGUUUCCUGUUAGGGAUCUUCUUGUAAUUAUAUGUUCCCAAAAUGAUGGUGAAAACCGGUCUAGCGUGAUCUCAUUUAUGAUUGAGCAACUGAAACUGUGCACCAACAUCUCUGAUACUGGGAAUAUAAACAUUUUGGCAAACCUAUUUCAUGUCCUUGCUCUAAUCCUUAAUGAAGAUCAAGCCACUAGAGAAAUAGCUGCCAAGAACGGUCUGGUGAAAGUUACUUCUGAUAUUCUUUCACAGUGGGUUUCAAGCCCAUUUGACAGGGAGAAAAUCCCCAAGUGGGUUACAACUGCUUUUAUUGCUAUUGAUCGACUUGCCCAGGUGGACCAGAAGUUGAAUUCUGACAUGGUAGAGGUGUUAAAGAAGGAAUUUGGUUGUCAGAAAUCUAUUUCAAUUGAGGAGGAUAAGCAAAAUAAGAUACAGUCAUCUCUAGGAUUAUCUCCAAAAUAUCUUGAUCAGCAAGAGCAAAAACAGCUGAUUGAAAUUGCUUGUGCCUGUCUUAGGAACCAGCUACCGUCUGAGAUGAUGCAUGCUGUUCUGCAGCUCUGUUCGACUCUCACAAGAAACCAUUCUGUAGCUGUAAUUUUUCUAGAUGCUGGAGGUUUGGAUCAACUACUGUCCCUGCCUACAAGCAGCAUGUUCAUUGGGUUUGACAACAUUGCUGCUACCAUAAUACGCCACAUUCUUGAAGAUCCUCAGACACUUCAGCAGGCAAUGGAAACUGAGAUACGGCAUAGCAUUGCAACAGCUACCAACAGACAGCCAACCGGAAGACUGACACCCCGUAGUUUUCUCUCCAAUUUGACUUCCGUCAUUCAGCGUGAUCCUGUGAUUUUCAUGCAGGCUGCUCGGUCUAUUUGCCAAGUGGAGAUGGUUGCUGAUCGGCCAUAUGUCAUCUUACUUAAAGAUCGUGAGAAGGAUAAAAAGGAUAAAGAAAAGGAGAGAGAAAAAUCUGAGGAGAAAGAUAAGCUUCAAAAUAAUGAUUUGAAGAUCGGUGCACCUAGUGUGAGCCCUACUUCUCAUGGGAAGAGUGUUGAUACAAGCUCUAAGAAUGCCAAACUUCAUCGAAAGCCCCCUCAUAGCUUUGUGAAUGUCAUUGAGCUACUUUUGGAUUCGGCUGUGACAUUUGUUCCUUCUGUUAAAGAUGAAUCUGUUUCUAAAGAGGGCACAUCUUCAUCAGAUAUGGACAUUGACGUUUCUGCUAGCAAGGAUAAAGGAAAAGCAAUUGCAUCUGUAUCUGAUGGAAGUGACACUGAUAACCAAGAGUCUUCGGCAUCCAUGGCAAAGAUAGUGUUUAUCUUGAAGCUCCUCCAAGAGAUCCUUUUGAUGUAUGCCCCGUCUAUUCAUAUAUUACUCCGGAAAGAUGCUGAAGUCAGCUGCAAGAGCGCGCAGCGUGGUCUUCCUGUAAACAGUACUGGUGGUAUCUUUCACCAUGUUCUUCACAAAUUUCUUCCAUAUUCUAAGAGUUCCCGGAAGGAAAAGAAAACUGAUGUGGACUGGAGGCAGAAGCUAGCAAGCAGAGCAAGCCAGUUUGUGGUAGCAUCUUGUGUGCGCUCCACAGAGGCAAGGAAGAGAAUCUUUACUGAUAUCAGCACUGUGUUCCAUGAUUUUGUGGAAUUAGCCAAGGGUUUCAGGGCACCUGGUGUUGAUUUUCUGGCUUUCAUUGACCUACUCAAUGAUAUCCUUGCUGCUCGCACACCUACAGGCGCCUCCAUUUCUGCAGAGGCUUCAGCUAAUUUUGUAGAUGCUGGUCUAGUUCGCUCUUUGACUCGGGCUCUUCAUUUAUUAGACCUUGAUCAUUCUGAUUCAGCCAGGGUUGUUACUGGGCUUGUAAAAGUGUUGGAGGUGGUCACAAAGGAACACAUUCAUGCUGCAGAUUCAACUACCACAAGGGUUGACCAAACAGCAAAACCACAGGAGCAAAAUCAACAUGAAAGUGAAAAUGGUGCUAGUGUGACACAUGCUAUGGAGACUGCUCCUCAAGCUAAUGUGGACUUGGUCCAAACUGAUCAUGUUGAAGCUUUUGGUGCAGUUCAGAACUAUGGUGGAUCUGAAGCAGUGACUGAUGACAUGGAACAUGACCACGAUAUCGAUGGUGGAUUUGUUCUACAAAAUGAUGAUGAUUACAUGAAUGAGAACAAUGAGGGCACUAUAACUCUGGAUAAUGGCAUUGACACAGUGGGGAUAAGAUUUGAAAUUCAGCCUGAUGUACAAGACAAUCUUGGUGAAGAUGAGGAUGAGGAUGAUGAUGAUGAUGAUGAGAUGUCAGCAGAUGAAGGCGAUGAUGUUGAUGAAGAUGAAGACGGGGAAGAGGAAGAACACAAUGAUCUUGAGGAAGAUGAAGUGCAUCACUUGCCUCAUCAUGACACAGAUCAAGAUCAUGAAAUUGAUGAAGAAGAGUUUGAUGAGGAGGUGAUGGAAGAAGAUGAAGAAGAUGAUGAGGACGAAGAGGAUGGUCUCAUACUUAGGUUUGGGGAUGGAAUGAAUGGUCUUAACGUAUUAGACCACAUUGAGGUCUUAGGUAGAGAUCCUGGUUUAUCUAAUGAGACUCUUCAUGUUAUGCCUGUUGAGGUUUUUGGUUCCAGGCGUCCUGCACGUAGUACAUCAAUAUACAAUCUGUUAGGAAGAAGCAGCGAUAGCAGUAUUCCUUCUUUGCAUCCACUUCUGGUGGAACCGUCUUCUUCACUUCACUUGGGCCCUAUUAGACAACCAGAGAAUGUUCGUGAUCAUUUCUCUGAUAGGAACCAAGAAGGAACAUCAUCUCGCCUGGAGUCUUUCUUCCGGUCUCUGCGUAAUGGACGUCAAAGUCAUCGGUUGAACUUGUGGUCUAGUGAUAGCCAACAAAGUGGUGCACCUAAUGUGCCUUCUGUUCCCCAGGGCCUUGAAGAUUUGGUUGUUAACCAUUUGAGACGUCUGGACUCGGAGAAGCCAUCUGACCAUGAAGCAGCAGUUGAGACUCACAAUAAAGUUGAUGUCAGUCAGUUCCCCAGCACAGCAGGGGUAAUUUCUGAACGCCCCACUGAAACCAAUGAGAACGAUGAAACCAGGGAUGUUCCUCCUCCAUCUGCAGUGCCAGAUGGUUCCGGAACAGCUCAUUUAACACCUGAUGCAAAUGUAUCCUCUCAGAGAACAGACACAUCAAGUGGACAACCUCAAUCUAUUGAAAUGCAGUUUGAACAGAAUGAGGUUGUGCGAGAUGUUGAGGCUGUGAGCCAGGAGAGUAGUGAAAGUGGUGCAACUCUAGGAGAGAGUCUUCGAAGUCUUGAUGUUGAAAUUGGAAGUGCUGACGGACAUGAUGAUGCUGGGGAUCGGCAUGGUCCGCCUGAUGCUCGAACAAGGCGGGCAAAUGUAUCAUUUGGUAACACUGCGCAAGCUAGAGAUAGGGAUGCUGCACUAACUAGUGUAUCUGAGGUGUCAGAACCUCCAAAUCAAGAAGCAGGGCAAAGUGGGCCAUCUGAGGAACAACAACCGACCACAGAGGGUGAUAGUGUGUCCAUUGACCCUGCAUUUUUGGAGGCGCUUCCAGAAGAGCUGAGAGCUGAGGUUCUUUCGGCUCAACAGGGUCAAGUAGCUCAGCCUCAAAGUGCUGACCCACAGACUGCGGAGGAUAUAGAUCCAGAAUUUCUGGCUGCACUUCCACCAGACAUCAGGGAAGAAGUACUGGCACAGCAACGUGCACAAAGACUGCAGCAAUCACAUGAAUUAGAAGGGCAGCCUGUUGAGAUGGAUACUGUUUCCAUUAUUGCAACGUUCCCCUCUGAAUUACGAGAAGAGGUUCUUCUGACGUCUUCAGAUGCUAUACUUGCAAAUCUUACACCUGCUCUUGUGGCCGAAGCAAAUUUGUUACGAGAGAGGUUUGCACGAAGAUACAACCGAUCACUUUUUGGCGUGUACCCUAGAAGUCGUAGAGGUGAAUCAUCUAGACGUGGUGAAGGUCUUGAUAGGGCUGGUGUAGCUCGCAGAUUACUUGGAAGUAAGCCUGUGGAAGCAGAUGGAUCACCUUUAGUUGGUGUAGAUGAUUUGAAGGCAUUGAUUCGCGUGCUUCGUAUCUUCCAGCCACUUUACAAGGGGCAUCUACAGAGAGUACUUCUGAAUCUCUGUGCACAUGCAGUGACAAGAACUGCUUUGACAAAAAUCCUGAUGGACUUGUUAAUGCUUGAUGUUAGAAAGCCUGCCGAUACUCUGAGUACUUCUGAGCCUCCUUAUAGGCUGUACCGCUGCCAAAGUAAUGUGAUGUAUUCUCGUCCACAACAUUUUGAUGGAAUCCCACCUCUGGUAUCUCGGCGUGUCUUAGAGACUCUGACUUACUUGGCUCGUAAUCACUCAUUUGUUGCAAAAGCUCUACUGGAGUUUAGGGAUACUCCACUGCAAGAAGAACCCGUGAACCCUGAUCAGAGACAUGGAAAGGCUGUGAUGGUUGACGGACCACAGCCUGAAGCACAAGUGUCUCUUGCUUUAUUGUUGGGGCUGUUGAAUCACCCGCUCUAUUUAAGGAGUGUUGCCCAUUUAGAGCAGCUUUUAAAUCUGUUGGAUGUAAUUGUUGAUAAUGCUGAAGCCAAAUCAAAUGCUCCUGAGGAGCCUGCACCAGCAACCACUGAACAGCAUUCUGCUCCUCAAAUUCCGUCCUCAGAUGCUGAAAUGAACGAUGGGUCUCGAGUUACUUCAUCAGAAAUUGAUGAACAGUCUAAACCUUCAUCAUCCACUGAAACAGAAAAUGAUGCUCAUAGUAUUCUUCUCAAUCUCCCAAGAAGAGAGCUACAACUUCUGUGUUCAUUACUUGCGCGUGAAGGCCUAUCAGACAAUGCAUAUGCUUUGGUAGCAGAGGUACUGAAGAAGCUGGUGGCCAUUGUACCUUUGCAUGGCCAUCUUUUUACAUCUGAACUGGCUAGCUCUAUUCAGAUACUUACGAAGUCCGCAAUGGAUGAAUUGCGCAACUUUGCACAAGUAGAGAAAGCACUAUUGAGUACUAGCUCUACUGAUGGGGCUGCAAUUCUCAGGGUUCUCCAAGCAUUAACCUCUCUUGUCCCAUCACUUGGUGAAAAGGAAAAGGAUGAAUCAGAAGGGCAUGUAACUACUGUUUCUCUGAUUUCUGAUAUCAACACCGCUUUAGAGCCUUUAUGGCUUGAGCUCAGCACUUGCAUAGCUCAAAUAGAAACGUUCUCUGAUGUAUCAGCUGAUGAGUCACAAUCAUCAAUUGCUUCUACAUCCAAGGCAGCAUCUGGUGCGCUUCCUGCUGGCACUCAGAAUAUAUUACCCUACAUAGAGUCCUUUUUCGUCAUGUGUGAGAAGUUGCAACCCGGACAGUCAGUUUCAGGGGGUGAUGUUGGCGCUAUUGCUGCUUCUGAUGUUGAAGACACCGUUGCUUCUGCCUCCCAGCAGAAAUCUGUAGGACCUGUUUUCAAGUUUGAUGAAAAACAUGUUGCUUUUGUGAAGUUUGCCGAGAAGCACAGGAAGCUUUUGAAUUCUUUCAUUCGCCAAAACCCUGGAUUGCUUGAGAAGUCUUUUUCAAUUAUGCUGAAAGUUCCCCGGUUUAUUGAUUUCGACAAUAAAAGGUCUCACUUCAGAUCUAAGAUUAAACAUCAACAUGAUCAUCAUCACAACCCUCUGAGAAUUUCUGUGAGACGCGCAUAUAUUCUUGAAGACUCUUAUAAUCAGUUGCGUAUGAGGUCGACACAAGAAUUGAAGGGGAGGUUAACAGUUCACUUUCAAGGGGAAGAGGGAAUUGACGCUGGUGGACUUACCAGAGAAUGGUACCAGUUGCUUUCCAGGGUGAUUUUUGACAAAGGAGCCUUGUUAUUUACAACAGUUGGCAACGAAUCAACAUUUCAGCCGAAUCCCAACUCUGUUUACCAAACCGAGCAUCUAUCAUACUUCAAAUUUGUUGGGAGAGUUGUUGGGAAGGCACUUUUCGAUGGCCAACUGCUCGAUGUUCACUUCACAAGGUCCUUCUACAAGCAUAUCCUUGGGUCUAAAGUGACAUAUCAUGAUAUUGAAGCCAUUGAUCCGGAUUAUUUCAAAAAUCUGAAAUGGCUGCUCGAGAAUGAUAUUAGUGAUAUUCUGGACCUUACGUUCAGCAUUGAUGCUGAUGAGGAGAAGCUGAUACUUUAUGAGCGCAAUGAAGUCACUGACUAUGAACUUAUCCCUGGCGGUCGAAACAUUAGAGUCACAGAGGAAAAUAAGCACCAAUAUGUUGACUUGGUUGCAGAACAUCGCCUGACUACGGCCAUCCGUCCUCAGAUAACCGCCUUCAUGGAAGGUUUCUCUGAAUUAAUAUCACGGGAUCUGAUAUCGAUCUUUAAUGACAAGGAAUUUGAACUACUAAUAAGUGGCCUGCCCGAUAUUGACCUGGAUGAUAUGAGAGCAAACACGGAGUACUCUGGCUAUAGUGCAGCGUCCCCUGUUAUUCAGUGGUUUUGGGAGGUUGUUCAGAGUUUUAGCAAGGAAGAUAAGGCUCGUUUGUUGCAAUUUGUGACUGGCACCUCCAAGGUUCCCCUAGAAGGUUUUAGCGCUCUGCAAGGGAUAUCGGGUUCUCAGAAGUUUCAGAUCCACAAGGCAUAUGGAAGUGCCAAUCACUUACCAUCUGCACAUACAUGUUUCAACCAGUUGGAUCUGCCGGAGUAUCCUUCAAAGCAGCAUCUGGAGGAGAGAUUGCUGCUUGCUAUUCAUGAAGCCAAUGAAGGUUUUGGAUUCGGUUAAGGCAGGGCAGGGUUGAGUGUGUAGAUAUUAUUUUGUGAUCCUAAAACCUUGUUUACAGGGGAGUGACAUUGCCAAAGGCCUUUUCUAGAUCUUUGAUAUGCUGCUUUUGCUUGUCUAUAUACCUAGUGUACAGAUUAUUAUUUAUUUUUCUUAUGACAAGUGCUUUGGGCAGUUUUUGUUUUGGCCAAUCUCAUAUCUUGUUUCAUAGUGAUUAGUGAUUAUACAUGUUGGUCCAAGUCCAAAACACUUUUUCUGAAGAUCAAUGCUUUAAAGCCAAAACAAAGU